AUGCGAAGGCUGUGGCGAAAAGUCCCAAGAAGCACACCUGAAGAUCCACCUGAAAACACACCUGAAGGUACACCCAAGAGUGGAACAGAGGGCAGAACGGGGGGCAGAGCUGGUCAAGCUUCGGUAGUGGAUCGCCCUUCAUUAUUAGAACAGUUCGCUGGCAACCCCGAACCCUUCGGCAGGGUUGAGGGUUUAGACGGGGAUGAGGGGGACGCGCGGGAAGAAAGAGAAGAUCGCGAGCAAGAAUUGGGGGCAUUCGUGUGUGAGGGCGACGGGGAAAAGGAGGGGGAGAGAGUAGGGGAGGGGAAGGGGGAGGGGGAAGGGGAGGGGGAAGGGGAGGGGGAGGUGGAGGGGCAGGGGGAGGAGGAGGGGGAAGAGGAGUGGGACGGGGAAGGACAGGGGGGGGAAGAAGGGGAAGAGGAGCUGUUUUUACGGCUGGUGGAUCUGUUGAAGGGGGGAAGGCGGAUGGAGGGGGAAGGGCGGAUCGAGGGGGAAGGGCGGAUGGAGGGGGAAGGGCGUGGGGAAGCAGCAGACACUAGCAGCACCACCCCUGCCACUGCCGCGCCAGCCAGCAGUGGCAGGAGCGGUAGGAGCGAGGGGCGAGGAGAUUCCUUGUGGGAGGCUGCUGGUGCUGGUAGUGCUGGUGGGGGUGACGAAAGAAGGGAAGGGGAAGGGGGGGAGGAGGAGAGGGGUGAGAGGGGAGGGAGAGAAGAGGAGGAGAGGGGGUAUGGUGGUGGGGGAAAGGGGGAAGGGAGAGGGUUCGGAGUGGCGCCUGUUGGGCCGUUGAUUGAGCGGGCGAUCGGACGGCUGGCAGUGAUCGCGAGGGAUGAUGACGUGCUGCUGCAGCAGUCACUGGGAUUCUUCCAAAAGCUGGCAGCGCAGCGACGUGGCGUCGCGUUAUUGGACGACCCGCGCACUGCAUUGCCGGCUCUGGUUGCUGGAUUCCCGGAUUUCCUGGCGUGGGAAGCGGAAACGGACGGUUGUGAUGAUGCGGAUGAAGAGGAGCUGGGAGUGCCAGUGCGGGACCUGCCCCUAAUAAUCAUUUGCUUCCCUUCCCUCCAGUGCUCUCUGCUUCUCCCCACUUUGCCUCGACGCACCCAUACCCACCGUCUCUCCUCUGUGCUCCCUCCAAUCCAAUCCCCGUUACCGUCACAGCUGGGAGUGCGCGUGCGGGACCUCCCACUAAUAAUCAACCGCUUCCCUCCAGUGCUCUCCCCGUCAGUCUACCUCAACGCACCGGUGGUCGUCGAUGCCAUCACCAACACUCUCAAGACCUUCCUGCCUCUCAGACCUUCCUGCCUCUCAGACCUUCCUGCCCACCUCUUCCUUACCUCCUUCCCCACCUUCCCACCACCUCUUCACUUCCUUUCCCCUACCUCCUCAAUUCCCUUCCUCCUUCCCUUAUUCCCCCACCCACAGGUCCCAAUCAGCAAGGUCGACCCCAUGCUCAUGCGCUGCCCUGAGCUGCUCUCGCAUCUCAGUUCUCAAUACACCAACAUCCCUACCCCACUUUCCCCUCCUCCCCUCCCCGUCUCCCCCUCCACACAGGUCCCAAUCAGCAAGGUCGACCCCAUGCUCACGCGCUGCCCCGAGCUGCUCUCGCUCUCGCCGGCCAACAGCAUCGCGCCAGCUGGCGUGUUCCUACAGGGCGUGGGGCUGACGCGCGGGGAGAUGGUGCGCGUGCUCUCUGCCAGCCCGUCACUGCUGUGCCGGCCCAGGCACCAACUGGGGGAGUCCCUAGACUGGUUACAGGAGAACCUCAGCGUCCCUUCCCACGAGCUGGCUCAUCUCAUCUUCCGCUGCCCUGGUCUGCUCUGCCUGUCGCCUGCGGUGCUGCAAGGCAAAGCAGCCUUCCUCACAGGGGAGGUGGGCGUGACGGCAGCAGAGGAGGUGGCUCGAGUGGUGUGCCGCUUCCCUGAAGUGCUGACAAUGAGCGUGACAAGUAUGAGAAACAGGAUCUCCUACCUCUACUCCCGAGGCUUCUCCCGUGCUGACGUGGCAGGCAUGGUGGUUCGGUACCCGCCGCUCCUGGGCUACAGCGUUGCCGCGGUGCUUCGGCCGAAGCUGGACUUCUGGCUCGAGGAGGAGGAAAAGGGGGUGGAAAAGAGCUUUGCCGCGCAGGUGCUGGGACUCAACUUCAUGCUUGUCCCCCUGCGCGGCCCCCAGGCUUCUCCUGCCACUGCGGAUGCCGCUGCAAGUAAUGGCCGUGGGAAUGGUAGUGCUGCUGCAACUGCGGGUAAUGGUCGUGGUGGCGGUGGCGGUGGUGAUGGUGGCGGUAGUGGCGGUGGUGGUGCCGAUGCUGGUGAUCGAACCCCAAGGCGUUUCCGAGGAGCCGUUGCCACCCGUCCAGAUUCACGACUAAGGUUCUUCACAGAAGCAGAUAUUCUGGGGAGGGAAUUUUCCUCCGGAGUAGCUUCCCUCACCGCUGCUGCUGCCAGAUCACCAGAACCCACUGACAGGUCAGCAGGGGCUAGUGCCAGGGGUCUAGAGCCACAUGCGGCCGUCGGUAAUACCUGCAGGAGCAUGGAUGGCCACGUGGCACUCGAUCCCCAUUCCCAUUGGUCGCUAGACGAUCUUAACCGAGAGCUUGACUCAAUCCAACGGCGCACAGGCCCAGUUCCCGCAAAGAUCCACGCGCGAAAUGCUGUACAAUAUGCAACGAAAUCCUCGCGCCGUUUUCAAAACGGGUCACCGGCCACCGCCGUCGCCGCGACCGCCGGCUUCGGAGGCGGCGCUUUUGGCGCUGUGCCCUGCUGGCCAUCCGAACCCGGAGACUCCGCGCAAUCCCCGGCGCGAUCCCCGGCGUGGAUGACGGCCGGUCGAGGAUCCGCGAGCAGCAGCGGCAGCAGCGACGAGGAGAGGGAGGAGACGAGAUACAGCGGAGAGUUAGGGGAAAACUUCUAUUCGCCUCCUAAUGCGCGCGCGGAAACGGGUAGCGCUGGGAAGGACAGGCGGAAGAGCGCGGGGAGCGGCGGAAAGAAGCCGCGGAAAGCGUCGUUUCACAUCAGCCUUAGCAGCAGCGACUCUAGCGAUUCAGACGGGGAGGGGGACGGGGGAAAUGGGGAACGGUUCGGGGGAGAUGGGGGGAAGCGGAGGGGGAGUUUAGGCGGAAGGGGGAGCGCGCUAGACGCGGAGAGGCCAGUAGCACGGCCUGUGAGGCGGGUGGAGGCAGAACUGGGGGAGGUGGAAAGGAAGGUCGCUGCUGAAGUGGAGGAGGAGGUGAGGCAGCGGCGGGUGCGGCUGGAGGGGAGGCUGAUGGAGGAGCGGGAGAAGGGGCGGGCAGCUGUAGCAGCAGCGGUGGAGGCUCAGUCUAGCUGUGAGGAGGUGAGGCAGCGGCGGGUGCGGCUGGAGGGGAGGCUGAUGGAGGAGCGGGAGAAGGGGCGGGCAGCCGUAGCAGCAGUGGAGGCACAGCGAGAGGCAGUGCAGGCUACACUGGCUCGGCUUGAUAGGGAGCACUGGCAGGCCGUCGCAGAGAAGUUCCAAGUGCGAGUGGCAGAAGGAGCAGCGAAAGAUGCAGAGGCCCGGCUGGCACGGUUCAAGGCGAUGCCCUUUCCCCACUCCCUCUUUUUCGUUUCUCUGUUCCCCCUAUUUCCUCCCAAUGCUUUCUCCUUAACAGCGCAGAGGAGUUCCAAAGUGCGAGUGGCGGAGGGAGCAGCGAAGGAGGCAGAGGCCCGGCUGGCACGGCUCAAGGCGAUGCGCGAUGAGAUCGCUCCCAUCAUGGCUGAUACUGCUCGGAAGAAGGACCGCAAGACUGUAGAGCGGCGAAUAAUUUUGCUGGUUCAGCAGAUCUCAGCCUCGCACGAACAAAUCGACAAGAAGUCUAAAGAUCUCACGGCGCUCCUGCUGGACCCAUCUCUUCCCCAAACGUUUGUUGCAAUCACCUUCGCCUCCAAGAUCUUAUCGCAGUGCGAGUCCCAAGUAACCAAGUUACCGUCUUUCGCAUUUGCUCUCGCGCAAGUCAUUGUGAACGUGGCCUCUCGUGCACCCAUUGCCAUGGACACUCUAAUUGCAAACCUGAACGAGACCUGCAUCUACACUAUUCCACAGCACUACGUCUUUUCCGAGGCCUCUUACCCCUCUGACGACGCCUAUUACCGCGACUUGGGGUACAGGGAGGAAGAAGGGGAGGGUGGGAAGAAGAGAAUGGAGUCGACCGAUGCUUAUAUAGAGAGGAUGACUGGAUACAUCACACUCAUGGCUGCUAUAUGUCAGACCCUCCCACCGCCUGGCACCGCAGCGCACCCUUUUGGCUUGUCCCACGCAUGGCAGUGGUGUGCCCGGCUGCUGAACCACCUCCCAGCCAAUCGGGCAUGUGCCACCGCCCUGGAAGUAUUUCUCAAGAUUGCUGGUUACCGCAUGCACCUUACGUACCGCUCACAGUUUGUGAAGCUGCUGGAUGUGGUGGGGAAUGAGUACCGGUGCAAGCUGCAGGCCUUGAACGAUGCUGACGUGUCGCCCGUCGUUAAUCGAAUCGAGACGUAUGUUGGAGUGCUGGCCUAUCUGAAGCCGCCUGAGGGGCUGGAGAUGCCGCUGCAUGAUAAAUCGUCAGACGUCAGAGCAUAG